UGAGAUCCAAGACACCAGUGGCCUGAGGUUACAGGUCAGAGGAAGCCUGCAGUUCCGUGAUGCACCGGGCCUAGACCAAUCUGGAAGCUGCAGGUGUGUCUCAGGACAGGAGUCUGGCACCCAGGUACAGGUUGCUGAGCCAACGGCCGUCCGUACUUUUUCUGACCCUGAGGACAACCAACACCGUCUCGCGGCGCUGGAGAGGCAACGAUUGGAGCUUCUAGAGGUCAAUAAGAAAUGGGAUGAGGAGUACCAAAGAAUGAAGGGAUUUUAUAAAGCAAAGAUUCAGGAGCUGAGGAAGCGGCUCGCGGCAUGCCACGCAUGCGCGCCAGAUGAAGAGGAGCUGGAAAGGAAGCACGUGCACCUUGAGGAGAAGAUCUCGCAGUCCGAACGAACCACAGAGACGGUCCUGAAGCGAAACUCUGAGGUCUGCACUGAAUUACUGGAAACCGAGAGACAGGCGCAGGGCUUGAGACUGCAGGUCACUGCUCUCACCAGGAGGGGGCAGCAACAGCAAUCUGAGAUCAGGCGACUCAACAAGAUCCUGAGUGAGGCUCUGGUGGAAGAGAGAGAGAGCAGGACACAGGUGGAGCUGCUCAGACAUCAGGUGUGGCUCCAUGAGAAGGACUUCCAUAAGGAGAGAGCAGAGAGGAGGCAGCUGUGUGAGAGGAACGUGGAGCUGGAGAGGAGGCUAGAGACCCUGAAUGCUGAGAUGCAGAAGGCCCGGGCCCAGGUGACCAGGACGUUCGUCUGCACCCCUAAACCCAGGAGCCACGCCCCCUGCGGCUGUCGCCAGGGAGACGGCCUUCCCGCCAUCGCCGGGAGAAACGGGCCACUCCGCGUCCCACCGGCCCAUGCGGUCCGCCUCCCCUCCUUCCCCCACUCCCCCCACCACCACGCGACCCCCGAAACCCAGCCGGAGCCCUCCCGCUGCACAGCGCCCCCUGGUGAGAGGGCAGGUCUGACGCAGGCUGUCCCGCCGUGCCGCCGGACGCUUCGCCAGGAGGCGGGAGGGCCCAGUCUGAAGCUCUCUCUGGCGUAAGCUGACGGAGUCGCGCUGUUCAUGCUGCGGCCUGCUCUUCCCUCUCGUUCGCAGCACGGCUACACACGUCACGGGUUCGAGGCUUGCAGGGUUGACGUAUAUUUAGCGAUUUAGCGAUGUGCUCCUGCUCCCUCUCUCCCUGUGUGGCUUGGGACGAGGCCGCCCGCGAAAUGCAUUUAGUGGAAUGGAACGCUGCUAACGUUUGGUCUUCGCAUUGACACACUGACAUGGCUCCAAACCCACAUUUACUGUUUACCCAUAGGAAACGUGGAACGAUAUACGUUUCGUAAUAUAUUUCUCUGCAUUAUUCAAUAUGUUUCUCAGUUUAAAUGACAAUAAUUUAUAUAUUUCAAGUGCUUUGUUUGUUGAACUGGUGUUAUCUUGAUACAUGUAUAAUUAAUACUGAAAAUUGUCAGAAAAGCCCUCUUUUCUCACAAAAAAUAAAUCCCCAAUCAUUUAUAUUUCAAUACUUUGAAUAUCCAAAUAAGGGAAUUAUUUUGUUGCAUGAGGAUAUGCAGGUAUAUUUGCACACACACAGUGUGUGUAAUGUGUGUGUGUGUGUGUAUGUGCACAUGUGCUCUGAGUGUGUGUGUGUGUGUGUGUGUGUAUAUAACCUCUCUGAAGAUGUUCAGUGUUUAUUCUCUCUUGUUCCUGCGGAUUUGUACUGAUAUUCGUGAGGUUGGAUUCCUGCCUUUUGUACAAUGAAAUGAAGUCAGACACAAACAUGACAUUUGUUCUUUGUUUUUGUCUUUUUCAUCUGGUUCGAGUUUUUGGAGUUCUUUUCCUCACUGGGAGAAGCUUCAGAACAUGUUUCUAAUUUUAGAGAGGAUGUACUGCUGAUGUCAGCAGACGAUACCGCCACCGUGUUUAUCUAUGUGUGUGUGUGUGUGUGUGUGUGUGUGUGUCCACGCUUUUAAACACACUGCGUGUUUAUGUGUGUGAAUAUGUAUUUAAGCAUCUGAACCUGUAUAUACAAAACUAUUUUUAUCGAGUCAAAAAAUGUAA